UUCAGAUUACAACUCCCGGUAGCCACUAAAAGUCCUACGGCCUGAUGGGAACGGUAAACCGUGACUGUUACGUCCUUGACCUGCCUCUCACAGGGGUCGUCCCUGAAAUCUGAUCCGAGAUGCGGGGGUCCAAUCGAAAGGUGGGCCCAAAUCCCGCGAGAGCAAGUAGCGCGCAGAGACCGACCCGCCAAAGGUCCCCGGUGUUUUCAACAUCGGCAUCUCCGCCGUCACUUUCGCUUUCCCGGGGUCUCCUGCCCCCUCCCGGAGGAAGAAAGGAGGCACAGGCUUCUCCGAUGGAUAAAAAUACGGAUCCAGAACUGAUGCCUCUGCUAUCUGAAGGGGAUGAUCCGCCCCGCGUGUCCCCAGAUCCCAUGGCUGGCUCAGCUGUGUCCCAGGAGCUGGAGGAGGGGGAGCCAGCUUCUCUCUCCACUUCCUUGGAAUCGGAGUUUAGCACUCCUAGUGAGUUGAGCCCUCGAAUCAAGGAGCAAGAACUUUCUGGAAAUGCGAGCCUUCUUGCAGAGGAAAUGAACAGGCCAGAAUCGGGGCCUGGAGAAGCCGUGGAAGGUGUGUCUGAGGAACCCGCUCCUGAGGAUGAGGGAUCCACCACUUGGAGCUACAGCUUCUCCCAGCUACCUCAGUUUCUCAGUGGUUCCUGGUCAGAGUUCAGCACCCAGCCUGAGAACUUCUUGAAAGGCUGUAAGUGGGCUCCUGAUGGUUCCUGCAUCUUGACCAAUAGUGCUGAUAACAUCCUGCGGAUUUAUAACCUGCCCCCAGAACUGUACAAGGGAGGGGAGCAGCUGGAAUAUGCAGAAAUGGUCCCUGUCCUUCGGAUGGUGGAAGGUGACACCAUUUAUGAUUACUGCUGGUAUUCUCUGAUGUCUUCUGCCCAGCCAGACACCUCCUAUGUGGCCAGCAGCAGCCGGGAGAACCCGAUUCACAUCUGGGAUGCAUUCACUGGAGAGCUCCGGGCUUCCUUUCGCGCCUACAACCACCUGGAUGAGCUGACGGCAGCCCACUCACUCUGCUUCUCCCCGGAUGGCUCCCAGCUCUUCUGUGGCUUCAACCGGACUGUGCGUGUCUUUUCCACGGCCCGGCCCGGCCGUGACUGUGAGGUCCGAGCCACGUUUGCAAAAAAGCAGGGCCAGAGUGGCAUCAUCUCCUGCAUAGCCUUCAGCCCAGCCCAGCCCCUCUAUGCCUGUGGCUCCUAUGGCUGUUCCCUGGGUCUGUAUGCCUGGGAUGAUGGCUCCCCUCUUGCCUUGCUGGGAGGGCACCAAGGGGGCAUCACCCACCUCUGCUUUCACCCCGAUGGCAACCGCUUCUUCUCGGGAGCCCGCAAGGAUGCUGAGCUUCUGUGCUGGGAUCUCCGGCAGCCAGGUUAUCCACUGUGGUCCCUGAGUCGUGAGGUGACCACCAAUCAACGCAUCUACUUUGAUCUGGACCCGACUGGGCAGUUCCUAGUGAGCGGCAGCACUAGUGGGGCUGUCUCCGUGUGGGACACCCACGGGGAUGGACAUGAGAGGAAACCAGAGCCAGUGCUGAGUUUUUUGCCCCAGAAGGACUGCACCAAUGGAGUGAGCCUGCACCCUAGCCUGCCUCUGCUGGCCACUGCCUCUGGUCAGCGUGUGUUUCCAGAGCCCACCGAGAGUGGGGAUGAGGGGGAGCAGGAGGUGGACCUUCCCCUGCUCUCCAUGCGCCACGUCCACCUUGAAUGUCAGCUUCAGCUCUGGUGGUGUGGAGGGAGCCCAGACACCAGUAUCCCUGCCGCCCAGGAGGGUGAAGAGGGAUAGGGAGGGACAAAAGGA